AUUGCAACAACGGGCAGCAGCCUCAACUAUACGGAAAGGACUGGAAAAGAUUUAUCGCGUUAAGGAUUUGAAAUAAUGGGCUCAGUACUCACCAAGGAUGAUUGAUACUCGCCUGAACAGAGCCUGAUUUGGCUGCAGGAUGGGGAAGAGUGUAAUGGUGGCCUAUGCCCUGUGGGCAAUAGGUGGGCCUUUGGGCCUUCACCAUUUAUACCUAGGAAGAGACAGCCAUGCUCUGUUGUGGAUUCUAACCCUGGGAGGCUUUGGCUUCGGCUGGGUCAGAGAGUUCACACGUAUCCCUGCUUACAUCGGUGAGGCCAAUCGAGAUGCAGACAGCGAGAGAAAAAGACCCUCUGUCGUGGUCCCUCCCCCUGUAAGCCCCGUCAGAUUCGCUGGUCAGGUGUGCGUUGGGAUCUACUUUGGCACCGUGGCUCUGAUAGGACUCAACUCCCUCAAUUUCUUCUACUUGAUCGUCCUGCCUUUGUGUGUGGGUGCAGGGGUGCAUCUGGUUUCCACUGUUGGCCAACAGUCCUCUGACCUAAAAAAAACUCUGACUACUUGUCUAGUAACUUCCUCGAUAUUCUAUGGCAGCAGCUUGUCACCUUUGCCUAUUAGUCUAGCUGCCAGUGUGACUGCUGCUCAGCACCGCAGAUUCAAACCCCCGCGGACACAGCAGAGAACAGAGGAACUAGGGCCACGGCUUUACAAGCUCGGCCUAGCUUGGCUGGCCUUCUCUGCCCCAUUGGGUUACUGUAUUUUCCACAACACCACAGCCACCCUGUACUAUCUGUCUGACUGUGUGUCAGCGCUGCUGGAUAUCUUCUGGUUUCUGCCUUGGCUCAGAGGUGCGCUGGAGUACGUUCUUUUAAUGCCAUAUCGCAUCUUGUGUGCUCUCACUGGAGGGGGGUACUACGAAGAGGCUUGGAGGAAGGUGCUGGAAAUUCUGCUCAAAGAGUACACAGAGGAAGAGAAGGAGGCACUGCACGUAUUGUCAUUGGAGGCAGAGGCUACACUUGCAGAGAUAACUCAAAGCUAUAGGGAGCUGGUCAAGACGUGGCAUCCAGACCACAACCCCAGCAAUGAUGCAGAGGCGACGUUUCUAAAGAUCCAAGAGGCGUAUGAGGUCCUUCUCCGGCACCACAAGCCCCGUCAUCAGUUCAAAUAGUUGCAAGAGGAAAAAGGGAUGUGAGACUGUGAGAUUGAUGAGAUUGAUUGGAUGUUAGAUUGCGUUGUUUUACAUUGAUCAUUUUCUUAACAUUAUAGUGAGUGCUUACAUUAUCACUUCCCCUAUGGUCUAACAGCCUUUGAGCAGCUUUCUGAGUGGUUACUUGGCAGAGCUUGCUGCCACCUUGUGGCGCCAUACCUGUAAUAACACCACAAACUAUUUCAUCUCAACAAUUUGACUUAUGUUUUAAUGUCUGCUUUCAUGCAAUUAAAAGCUGAACCACCACAGACACACACGCACACCUUUAAUUCAGAUUGUGAAUAAUAAAAGGAACCAGUAAAAGGUGUAA